AUGGGGGGCUCGUACCCAUCCGAGUCCCGCACAACGGAUCGCAACUACCAGCCGAUGGGGGUUUAUGCUCAUCAACCGAAGGAUCGGCUACGUCGAAGUAGUAUCCGGAGGUUCUAUCACGAGUUCACCAAAAGGAUCGGCUACGUCGAAGUAGUAUCUCGGAGGCACACGACCACAACAUUUCCCGCAGGAUCGUCCGCCACAAGACGGGACAUCCGAAAGGCAACCGAGCAAGAGGGUCAACUCCUUUACCCUCCGGUCGAUCUUCCCGACAACGAAGGCCGCGAGUCGACUCGGAUGGGUAAAGGGGGCAGCUGUAGACCCCAAAUCUUGCCCGGGCUCCAAAUAAAGUCGGAAGAUCCCCUAUUCGAGGACGCCCGAAGCCUAACAAGCCACUAG